AUGACGUGGAAUAAAGGUGCAAAAGAAGGAAUUGUCGUCGCUGGCGGUCAAGGCUAUGGGAGUGCUCUGACACAGUUGAAUGGUCCUUUCGGAUUGUUUGCCGAUAUAUUCGGAACUCUCUAUGUAGCAGACUCGAACAAUGAUCGAGUGAUGCGUUGGCCUCAAGGAGUAACACAGGGCACUGUGACUGUGGGUGGAAAUGGUCGAGGAGAAGAAGCAAAUCAGUUCAACUGUCCUGUGAGUUAUCAAGUAAUAACAAUGACUGAAGUUUGUAAAAUUAUUUUAAUAUUUGUAUCAGCUACUGGUUCAACUGGAUUAAGUUGUAAUAAACAUAUGAUGAAAAUGCGUGAUAUGGCUAUGUUAUGUAAUAAUGGUUAUGAUCAAACUGAAAAUGAUAUUGCUUGA